GGCGAGCAGUCGAUAGCCGAGCGGGCGAGCACCAUGGCCUCACCCUUCCCGCGGCGCCUGCUCCUGGUGUCCAACUCGCGGCUGCACGGGGAGGGCUACCUGGCGCACUGCGAGGAGCAAGUGCGCAGCUUCUUCGGGGGAAAAGUGAAACGAGUUCUUUUUAUACCAUAUGCCCUUCGUGAUCGAGAUGCCUAUGCCAAAACUGCAAGAGAAAAAUUUGAAAGCUUAGGAUAUGCGUUAGACAGCAUUCAUGAAUCUUCUGACCCUGUGGAAGCUGUAAGAAAAUCUGAAGCCAUAUUUGUAGGUGGUGGUAAUACCUUCAGACUUCUAAAGAUAUUAUAUGAUUUAAAUCUGCUUCCUGAGAUCAGGAAAAGAGUCCUACAUGCAGGUAUUCCAUACAUGGGAUCUAGUGCUGGAACAAACGUAGCCACCAUCAGCAUCAAUACAACCAAUGAUAUGCCGAUUGUAUUCCCACCUUCGCUAGAGGCUUUGGGAUUUGUUCCUUUUAAUAUCAAUCCCCACUACCUGGAUCCAGACGUUAACAGCACACAUAUGGGUGAGACACGUGAAGAACGGAUUCUUCAGUAUCACGAGGAGCCAGACACCCCUCCAGUGCUGGGUUUACGUGAAGGAUCGAUGCUACUGGUGGAAGGAAACAAAGCCACACUUUUAGGAAGAAAUAAAGCACGGCUUUUUCUGAGGGGUCAAACACCAACAGAACAUGAGCCCGGAGCUGACUUCAGUUUUCUCCUUACUGGUUCUUAGAAGCUGCCAGCUUUGCCAGAAAAGACACUCAGUGGUGUCAGUGGUGAAACAAUCAAAAGAAGGAAACAUAAAACAUUAAACCAAAUACUAAUCACAUGAAGCUUGUUUAACCUUAAUUUAACCAAGAUUGCUAUUCCCCCUGCCAGUGUUCCCACGUGCUAUUUGGCAAUUGCAGUUUUGCAGCUAUGACCACUUGGCUUUAAAGAAUGCAACUUUUUAAAAAUAAAUUAUAUAAUAAACUUUGUCUACAUUUUUCA